UUUUUUUUGUCGGUAGAUUCAUAUUGAAUUCAACAACCAAAAAUUACACACAGAGCCGGUAAGGGUUUGGUAAUAAUGGGCUUUGAUAAUAAUAAUAAAGUUAAUGGGCUUUGAUAAUAAUAAUAACAUGAUGGGCCUUCGAAUAAAACUAGUGGUAAAAUAACUUUCGUUAGCGAGAGAGAUCUGAAACCUCCUCGUAGAUGAAAACGAUAUCGGAUCUCCCAAACGAUUUGGAAUCGGAGAUACUUUCUAGGGUUCCGGCAAAGUCCCUAUGGGAACUCAAAACCACUUGCAAACGAUGGUACGCUUUGUUCAAGGAUCAAAAGUUCGCGGAGAAGAACAGGAAGAAGUUAGGUGAAUCAGUGAGAGAAUCGAUGUUACUGAGCGAUCUUAAGGUUUACGCAGUCGCCGGCGGAGAUCUGCUCCUUCAAAAAAACAACGGAUCUAUCGAGUUGACAGGUAAACUCACAAGCCUAAAGGGCUCAAAAGAUUUGAACAUCUCUGAGAUAUUUCAGUGCGACGGGUUAAUGUUAUGCUCAAUGAAGAGUGAACUUGUGGUUUGGAACCCAUGUACUGGUCAAACUAGGAAGAUCGAACCCAGGACUUGUUACUGUUAUGACGAUGCAUAUGCUUUAGGAUACACCACUUCUUCUAGUGGUGGUCAUCGUAGCUACAAAAUCUUGAGGCGUUAUUAUAGUCAAAACGACAAGAAAGUAGUGUUGGGUGAAAUCUAUGAUCUUAGCUCUGAUUCUUGGAGGGUUCUUGAUGAUUCCUUUCCUCCUCUUGGCUACUCCGUGAAUCGCAACGGCGUGUGUUUGAAAGGAGACGCUUACUUUGUUGCUCCUCGAGAUAAAGUAAAUGAUGCUUUCUUGAUCACAAAGUUCGAUUUCACUACCGAGACGCUCGUGCGUCUCCCUCUUCCGUUUCAGAAUCUUCAUCCUUGGGAUAAAGCGUUUCUUUCGGUUGUUAGAGAUGAAAAAAUCGCCUUGUUACAUGUUCUUGAAACGGAAAGGUCGAUGAGGAUAUUGGUGACCAAUAAGAUUGACGACGAUGAUGAAGCCAAAGACCUGUCCUGGAGGAGCGACCCGGUCCUGGGAAGCGAUUUAAAUGAACAUAACAUGUAUUUCGAAAGCUUCUUGUUCGACGAAGAGAAUAAAGUGGCGGUACUGACUUGUGCAGCACAGUUGCGUCGUAAAUUUGUGACCAGAAUCUACGUUUCUGACGAGUAUAUGGAGAAACAAGUUUAUGAAGCUAAGAUAUCUACUUUCGAUUGGCCACGUAUCAUCAGUUAUGCUCCAAGCUUGGUUCGCAUUCAGAAAAGCACACCUAAGAAGAGGCAAAAGAGACAGAGGUUAGAUUAGGUUAGCCUUAUUCAUUGACUGAGAGUAAACAAGGCAAUAGUGCAAUACCAAACUAGAUUCUGUUGCCUUCUCGUAGUUUUGUCUGGCAGUUUCAGAAUCUUGGAGCACUUUUCACAGUUUAUAAACGGUGCACCAUCUCCAUCUCUUUGUUUGCAUCGUUUUUUUUUUAAAUUAAAACAGAGAUCCGUAACAAGUCGUUCGAUCUGUAUCUUGAUUGGGGCUGAUUGGAUUCUCCUUUGAUGUUAUUCUAAUCGCAAACACAUUUGACUAGUUAUUAAUUAGCGUUUUGAGAGUCCAAGACAUGAAAGGAACGUCCUUUAAUUGAAAGUUUGUGUUCUGUUUAGGCUAUUGACUUUAUUAGUGUUGAAUCUAGAAGCCAUUAAGUUUCCGUUUUUAUGUCUUUUUGUUGUUGAUCCGUUGCUAAGAGAUUCAUACGUGAUGUCAAGCCUCGCUCUGUAUUUUUCUAGAGAUUAUGUUUAUUACAUAGAAUAUAUAAAUAAGCUGAAUGU